AUGCCUAUUUGCAUCGAGUGCUCCUAUCCGGUCUCUCACCUGUACAGUGCCUAUAGUCGUGCCGAUGACCGAUCCCAAGGAAAGGGUGUGCGACUAACGCAAUGUCCGCGUUGCCAGCGGUUUGCCGACAAAUACGUUGAAUAUGACUUUGUCGUGCUCUUCAUUGACUUGGUGCUCAUUAAGCCCCAGGUAUACCGACAUCUCCUCUUCAAUCGGCUCGGGCGAGACGACAACCAGUUCGACGUGGGAGUUCUUCUACUUCUUUUUGACGUCUACCUGACCUGGGCACGCAUUGAGAAGGACCCAUCUCUCGCAACGACCUUCUUGUCACGCGCCCCUAUCAUUAUCCAAUACCUCUUCUUCCUCAGCUUGAAUGCAGCCGCAACUCUCGCGCACCACCUCACCGUGCGCCUCUUGGCCUCAAUCCUGGUUCCAAAGUCGCGCAGAUACAGCGGACCAGACAGCAGCAAUGCAAACACCAAUCCUACCACCAGAUCUACAGGAGAUGCCACCCCUUUCCCCUCCGGGCCUCCCACGCCAACUCAUCCCUCGCCAUCUGGAGUGCCAAUAAGCACACAAACCCAGAACCCUACCAACCCAGGGAUCCUACAAAAUCCAGCCCCAACCCCAACCCCAAGCUCAUCUGGCGAGGUCACAUCCCCAACCGAGCUAUCACCACCACCACAAAGUACAUCAGUGGGACCUCCCCCACGACCCGCACCGCCGCUACGCCGGACGUCAACAGCCCCAAUGCAGAACAUCCAACCCCUCCCCCCUCCAACAGCCGCAAGCCCAGCAGCAAUCAGCACCGCCCUGCUAGUCAGCAGCUGCGCAAAGCUCUUCCCCAUUCUGCUAGUAAUCUGGGGCGCCGACGGCAACGGCAGCCUGUCAGACAUCCCAGCGCACAGCCAGACAUCAGCACAGAUCCGGUCUCCAGCGCAGACAGCUAUGACGAGCACGGUGCAUGAGAGUCUUCUCGCCACAGCGACGAAAACCUCCCUGCUCUCUGCAAACGCAGCUAUAUCAUCUCCGCCGGCUUCGGCGUUUUCUUCUUCCUUCCUGGAAUCGUGGCUGGGUGCGACGGCUUCUUUGCUUCGGACUUCGACGCCGACUAGCUAUCUGACGGGGCUUUUUGACUUGUUAUCUUCGUUGCUUUCUCUUGGUGUUGUUGAUACGCACCUUGUGCUUCUGAGUAAUAUCGAGGCUUUGUAUAUCUUACUUGGGUGUGGGUAUCUGCGCGCUGUUGCUGUUGCUGUUGCGGGCCAAAUCGCUCGGUGGGCGGUGCAGAGGGUGAUUCUUGGUGCCGUGGGGGUUGGUUGA